CUCUCGUCAGUUCCGCACGCAAAGGCACGUUCUCGGGCCGCCCGUGCCGACGCUGCCAGACUCAUCCGCCUACACGAACGCCUGUUUGUCUCGAGCGGAAGUAAACAACAACAUUGGGAAUUGAAGCAUGAUAGUGUGAACCUGUUUAUAAGGCAUAGGGCAGAGAGAUAAACCAUGGCCGGCAGCGAGGAUGAUGGGGAAUGGAGCCCCUGGGAGAAGGAGGAGGACCCAGAGGAGAGUCAGCCUCUCAUACCAUCAGAGCAAGUCCCUGGUCAGGCUGAUUGCGUAAACAGCAGCAUGGAGAGCCAUCGGUCAUCAUCCCCCAUCCUGGGAAGGAGCUCUCCUACCAGAAAGGUGCAAUACUUCACAGCCUUCUCAGCCACCAUGGGAGCACUGGCAAUGGGGGCAGUACUAGGUUACUCCUCUCCUGCGGGGCCCUUGUUGAUGUCCAAUGCAACUGCAGGGCCAGUGCAUCUUACUAAGGCCCAGAACUCAUUUUUCUCAUCAUCCAUGAAUCUUGGUGCACUGGCUGGUGGUCCCAUUGGGGGUGUCUGCCUCAAUAAGCUUGGGAGAAGAGGGACGAUGCUGACUUCUGUGGUACCGUUUGUUGGUGGUUGGCUUCUUAUUGCUUUUGCUCAGAAUUUUGCUAUGUUGAUGACUGGCCGUAUUAUUACUGGCUUCUGUGCAGGAAUCACUUCAUUGGUUGUCCCAACAUACAUUGGAGAAUUUGCCUCACCUGAUAUAAGAGGCACUCUUGGAAGUGGAUUCCAGUUAAUGGUGACAAUUGGUGUCGUAUAUGCUUAUGCCAUUGGAGCUGUUGUGAAGACAUGGCAGAUGCUUGCUGGACUGUGCAUUAUUCCAGUUUUGAUCUACUUUGUAAUGGUCUUCUUUGCCAAAGAAUCUCCAAAUUUUCUACUAUCAAAAGGAAAACUGGAUAAAGCUACAGAAUCAUUACAGCACUUUAGAGGGAAGGACUACAAUAUCCAGACAGAACUGAAUAUGUUGCAGCAGACAGUGGAGGAUGCAAAGCGCAACAAGGCUUCAUUUAAGGAUCUUCUAAAACCAUACAUCUUGAAGCCACUUUUGAUUUCCCUCACUCUGAUGUUCUUCCAACAGUAUUCAGGAGUGAAUCCAGUUCUUUUCAAUCUCACCACCAUCUUUGAAGACUCAGGAUCAACAAUUUCAGACAGCAUCAGUUCCAUAACCAUCGGUGUCGUGCAGGUUCUGGCAACCCUUUUGGCAACUGUGCUCAUGGACAAAGCAGGGAGAAAGCUCCUGCUGAUUGUUUCUGCUUCCAUGAUGGCUCUAUCUCUCACUGCACUUGGGGAAUUCUUCUAUGUGAAAAUGGAGGAUGAGGCAUGGGCAGUGGAAACCUUAGGCUGGCUGCCUUUGGCAUCCCUAAUUAUCUUCAUUGCUGCCUUCUCAAUUGGUUAUGGCCCCAUUCCGUGGCUGAUGAUGGGAGAGCUUUUCUCCCCUAAUGUGAAGGAAGCUGCAGCUGGUCUAGCAACUAUGGUCAAUUGGACCUUAUCAUUCAGCAUAACUCUGAUAUUUGUGCCUCUUCAGGAUGCCAUUAAUGACUUUGGUGUCUACUGGCUGUUUGCAGGAGUAUGUGUGCUCAAUCUCAUAUUCUCUGUGACAGUAGUCCCUGAGACAAAGGGCAAGACACUGGAAGAAAUAUCAGCUUAUUUUGGUGGGCCAGUCAUUUCCAGUGACUCACAUCCUAGUCGUGAAAGUGAUGCAUGAGUGUGAAGAAGUUUUACUCCUUUAAAAGAAUUAUUUAUUAUUAUUAUUUUUAAAUUUUACUAAAUUGCUCUAUGAAGUACUGUGGAAGAUUAUUAAGACAGUGAAAUGUAUGUUAGAUUCUUAGGGAAUAGCUUAUUAUAGAGGAUUUAAUUCAUUUCUAAACUUGAUGAUUUGGUGUUUGUCACAUAUGCAGCUUUUCAUUUGCACCAUUUAUGUGUGAACUGCAUUGCAAUUUAGAUAUUUUUUUCACUGAUUGUGUGAUUUACAAGGUUGUGACUGAUUGAAAUAUCAGUUAAAUUUUUAUUUUUUCAAGACAGAUGAUCUUUUGGUCUAUCUUAAACAAUAAUUUGUUUUUAACCAUUCCAUUUACCCACUGUCACUGGAAAAAUGCUGUGCUCAUUUUAGAUUUUUUGUGAAAUGAAAUGACUCUGCAAAUGCUUUGUAUUAAAGGAGUCAAUUAGUAGACCUUGUGACCUUACCUGAUUUCGCCUUUCCUUGAAUUUGCAGGAUUUUUUUUUUUUACGAAUACUAUCAAUAUUGAUGAUAUUAUUAUUAUAUACAUUGUUAUUGACAUUAGUAACAUCAAUAUAAGAUAGCAUAAGAUAUUCUUGAAAAUCAAGGAAAAGUGUAAACAGGUGAAACAAGAAGUACUCUCAACAGAAUCAACCUGGGGAUGCUGUGGCCUUGUUGUUUUGGAAAACUUGAAUCAUAUUUGUUGUGUAGUUUUAUGAACUAUCUUUUGAGGUCCAACAGUUUUUAGUUUAUCAAUUAUGAAUCAUGUACAAAGCAAACCAAGUAGUGAGAUGAUGAGGCUCUUUCUGAUUUCUACAGCUGAUCAUGAAGUAUUGCAGGAACUAGUAAAAGAUUCAAGAAUAUAUUUUUGAUAAUGUUUUGCUAUAGAGAAAGAUAGUUUAUUGAUUUAUAACCAGAAGAAAAAUGGUUAUGUGAUUUAACUCAUUGUGCUGGAAUGGCAAGAUGUAUAUGUGAUGUCCAUUGUGAUUUUACUUUAUUAAUUGUGUUUAUGCAUAGAUGAAUUCACAAGUUCUUAGUCAGCCAAGGAGUCAGUUACUGGUCCUAUGUAUUUCAUCUGCUUAACCUUUUCUUUGAUUAUUGGAUAAAUUAUUUGUAAUUUUUUUAUUUUUAGUAUUAUUUUAAUAACAUUGAGAUAAUCAUAAUGAUAAUCAGAGUAAUAUCAAUAUUAAUAGCUUAAAAUAACAACAACAAAAAUAAAUAAAUGUAAAAAAUAAGUUAAUAUCACAUAGAGUAUACUAAUUGACUCUUUAGUAGGCUGAGCACCUAUGGAUGCAUCUAUGUGCAAUAAAACUACAGUGGACAUAUGUGUACACAGCCACUGAGUCGCUAACAUUUGAUUUGAUCUCACUAUUAUUCAUUAUUCAAAUCAUGUUACUCAUGGUAUUUAUAUUUUAGGUUUUCAUACCAGAGAGGAAUACAUAUCUCUAAAUGGACAUGCUGACAAUUUUCUAUUUUUCUUACUGUGCCUUCAUCCGAAUUGUAACACACAAGUUUGGAUUUGAAUAAUCAUAUUCCUUGUAAGAAGAGAGAACAUUUGAGGCAGUACAUAAAUUGUGGCAGAAUUUGCAUAAUUUUUAUAAUUAGGUUUUAACUUGCCUUAAUUGGUUGCUGUAAAUUCCUCAAGGAUAAUUCUUGUAAGAUAUUAAUAGUGGACCAGCACCACUGAUUUUUAUUGUCAGUUGGAAGUAAAGUUAGUGGUAUCAUCUAUAUUGUUCUCUUGAAAGAGGAUUUAGGUGUGUUGUAUAUUCAGAUAUUAUAUAAAUUUAUAUUCCAAUUAAAUAUUGUUAUAAGUGAA